CAGGCUCCCCGAAAUGCCGCGGGUUCGGGUACGUGACCUUCUCGCUGCCCGAGGACGCCGGGAGGGCCCUGCGGGAACCCCCCGAGCUGGGGGGGCGGCCCCUGGGGGUGUCCCUGGCCCGACCCCGCCCCAAGAGGGACAGGGGGCCGCGGGGGGGGGGGGGGGGGGGGGGGGGGGGGGGGGGGAGCCCCCCCCAGAGCCCCCCCGGCCGAAGAAGCCCCGCCCACCCUCCCGCAAGGCCCGGCUCAUCCUGCGCAACCUCAGCUUCCAGUGCUCCGAGGACGAGCUCCGGGAUCUCUUCUCUCCCUUUGGCCCCGUCCUGGAGCUGAACAUGCCCCGGAAACCUGGUGAGACCCCCGGGCUGA